AUGACUGCAGUAUUAAUGGCCAUUUCCAACUCGGACAUCCUAAAAAAACGAUCACAUUGUCAAUUUAUUUAUCAUACGUAUUUCAGUAACAGUGAGAAUCAAUUUACAAUUAUUAUAUUAACUCAUAAUCGACCCAAUAUUUUACGCCAACGUUUGAUCAAUUUGAGCCGUUUACUGUAUCUUAACAAGAUUAUUGUAGUGUGGAAUGAAUACAAUAAAUAUGCCAAGCAUUUUCAGUGGCCUCAUUCAGAUAUACCUAUCUACGUCUUCAAAUCCAAGAGAAAUAGCUUAAAUGAUCGAUUUUUUCCAUUUAAUGCUGUUGAAACGGAAGCUGUCCUGUCACUAGAUGAUGAUGUCGAUCUCAAUGCAGAUGAAAUUGACUUUGCAUUUCGUGUAUGGCGAGAGUCAAGAGAUAGAAUUGUCGGCUUUCCGGCUAGACAUCACACCUGGAGUAAGCUAACUAAUAGAUGGUCUUAUGAUUCUAAUAAAACUUGCCAAUUAUCUAUGGUGUUGACUGGUGCUGCCUUUAUACAUAAGUAUUACCUGUUCCUGUAUACGUUCACAAUGCCAGAAGGUAUUCGAAGGAGAGUAGAUGAAAUUAUGAAUUGUGAAGACAUAGCUAUGAAUUUUUUAAUUUCUCACAUCACGGGCAAACCUCCAAUUAAGGUAACUUCUCGUUGGAAUUUUAACUGCCCAACUUGUGAAACCACCUUGACCCGAGAUGUCAAUCAUUUUAAGAAACGAAACUCUUGUGUAAACUAUUUCGCACAAAUUUACGGUUAUAUGCCUCUGAUAUUUUCGCAAUUUCGAGUUGAUUCUAUUUUAUAUAGAACUCGAGUUCCUAAUGGUGAACAAAAAUGUUAUGAAUCCCAGUUAUGA